UUGAUGUCCAAUUCCUGUCAGAGGUCACUGGAACUAAAGCUGUCAUACUAACACAGGACAGACGUGGCACACUUACUAAAAUGCAAGUGGUGAACCCAACCAAUAAACCUGCCAGUCAAACUGUCACACUGAUCUACACACCAAAGAGUGCCCAAUAUCCCGAUGGCCGUUAUGAUGCGUUAAUCAAUAACACGGUCAUAUUCACAGACGGCAAGACCUCACUGUUUCAUGCUUUUGCACAAGGCAUUAAACCAAAUGCUGGUCAACAUGAGGUCACAUUGGAAGCAAACCGGCUCAGGUCCAUGGAGGCUGCUGCUCUGCUCAGAAACCCCGGCCAAUGGGAGGGUUUAAUCAAGCGCUCAGAGUGGACUCAAAGAGUCAGAGGUGGAAACUGGUACAUGGCAGAGGGAGCUGAACCAAACAGGAUCAUCAAAGACAGCAAAACAGUAACCAUACCAGGGGUUUGGAAAGUGAGACAAUACAAGGAAUGGCAAAAACAUGCAACUCAAAAUCCAGAAAUUGGAAAAAUCCUUAAUACGGACCGUCAGCCACCAGUCCGUAGUAUGCUGGAAGCUAAAAACAUGAACCUGAGUGGCAAACUAGCACAGUCUAUGCUUAAAGAGAGAGCAAAGUCUUCUCCUCUGGAUCCCAACCUGAAAACGGAUGUGCAGAAAUAUCGUGGCCAUGAAUUUCCAGCUGUUUAUGGGCCUAAAAAGGCACACAGUCCGUUUGCAGAUUCAAAAUAUGAAGACUUUAGAUCAAACUUGGCUAUGACCAUGAGUAAAGAUGAUGUUGAGGGAACCUUCAAACUGACGAUCCUCGGUGCGAUGAUGAGACAGCUGGACGGCGGCAGCAGCUCCAACACCCUGCAGAUGAAGAGGAAGAAUACGAGCAGGCUGGCCAUGUUUGAUCUCAGUUUUCAGGAACAAAGUCUGAAGUUGGUGGACGGAUGGUUCAGCCGGCUGCAGGGGUCAGGGGUCAUGACGGUCGACCAUCACCUCACCAUGACGACCUGGAUCAAAAGAAAGGGCUACAGGGACCAAAAUGAUCCACACACGGUCCAAAUCACCAACUUCCUGCAGUGAAAAGUUGUGACCAUGUGAGGAGAAACAACCGCAGGGUCGUGGACCUUCCUGGCGCUCGUAACGAGGCCUCUCUGGAUUGGUGUCCAAAACACUUCAUUUUCUUUUUUUU